AUGGAAAUGGUAAUAACGGAAAUAACGGAAAUAAUGGAAAUAACGGAAAUGGCAAUAACGGAAAUAACGGCAACAACGGAAACAAUGGAAAUAACGGAAAUAACGGAAACAAUGGAAAUGGCAAUAAUGGAAAUGGCGGUAAUGGAAACAGUAAUAAUGGACAAGGAAACAAUGGAAAUGGCAACGGAAAUAUUGGGAGUAGUGGAAAUGGCAAUGGAAACUCUGGAAUUUGGUCCAGUUCAGAAAAUGACAACAAUAGUAAUGGACAAGGAAACUUCAAUAAUUUUGACAACUACUAUAGCUUCAAUGAUUUCUAGUAGCACAUCUUCGACUUCAAAAACCACAGCUGCGAUUCCAUCUAGUUCAUUAUCUACGACUGGAACUAGUGACAUAACCUCAACUUCACAAACUACAGUUGCGGUUCCAUCUAGUUCAUUAUCUACGACUGGAACUAGUGACAUAACCUCAACUUCACAAACUACAGCUGUGGUUCCAUUUAGUUCAUUUUUUACGACUGGAACAAGUGACAUAACCUCAACUUCACAAACUACAGCUGCGAUUCCAUCUAGUUCACUAUUUACGACUGAAACUAGUGACAUAACCUCAUCUUCGCAAACUACAGCUGCGGUUCCAUCUAGUUCAUUAAUUUCGACUGGAACUAGUGACAGAAACUCGACUCUUCAAACCACAGCAACGGUUCCAACCACGACAACACAGCUUAGUUCAUCAACAAGUACCACAUUAAGAAUAACAACAAAUCCAACGACAAUAUCUACGACAAGAAGUUCGACAUCACAAUCAACGACUCGCACAACCACCAGGACCACAAGAAGGACCACGACAACACCAGCUCCAAAUUUUAAUACAAAUAUCACCGAUCCAUGUCGAUUUAAUCCUCAAGGAAAGAUUCUGAAUCAAUCUGGUGACUGUUUUGGCUAUUGCGUGACUGGAUAUUUUGUAAUCUUUUCUGUAAGUCAGAAUGACAUUCAAUGUUGCUGUGCAUAA